AUGCAGGCUGACCGAGAAGAGAAAGCCAAGCAGUGGGAAGCAGACAAUGCAGACAAGUACAAGCAGUGGCAAGAAGAAAGAGAGGAUACCAAACAGAGCGUAAGCUUCGCCUACAACUUGCGCAGAUGGAACAUGAUCGAGUCCGCAUGGAAAAUGAACGUCUUGAAAAGAUGUUACAGCUAG